GUUUGCAGUGUUUGCAUCCUGCUUCAUAGCUUGUCGAGACAAUUCAAGGCGAGGACAGCUCUCAACUUGCGACACCCAAUGCGACAAUACGUAUUCCGGCUUAUGUUUAUUAUCCACGCAGUCAACGCCGUUGAAUUAUAUUAAUUAACAACGUAAUUUUCUUCGCCUUCAAUUUUGAAGUUGAAAUACACUCCAUGUUUGGCGCCCUCAACCGUUUCAUUGCCCGCCUCGACUCGGAACCAGGGCAACAGCAGCACAGCCACUUCCGUGAUAACCCCCAUGGCUUCCAGGUCCUCCGGAACAAAGACCCGGAGCUCCCACUGGAGCCCUGGUUUGACUUCGUAAUCGGGAUCAACGGACACCUAAUUGACGAUCCAGACCCAAACCUUUUCGCAACAGAAAUUCGCAACUGUGCAGGUUCGAGCGUUACCUUCGAGAUUUGGAGUGCAAAGGGCCAACGAACAUAUACGACGACAGUACCGGUUCCUUCAGAGAAACCUACCCUCGGCGUGACUUUCCAGUUUUCACCUCUUUCGACGACACAGCAUAUAUGGCAUAUUACCGAAAUACCGUCUCCACUCAGCCCGGCCUAUCAAGCUGGGCUUCUACCUCAUUCAGAUUAUAUUUUGGGAACGCCUAGCGGAACCCUCCGUGGGGAGUCUGCUCUUGGCGAACUUGUUGAGGACCAUUUGAAUCGAAGUCUUGUGCUAUGGGUAUAUAAUCGUGAAUUCGACGUUGUCAGGGAAGUCGAACUUGUUCCAAGGCGCGGCUGGGGUGGGGAAGGUGCCCUGGGGGCUGUAUUAGGGUACGGAGCCCUGCAUAGGUUACCCGUUGGUUUAGGUGAGGCAGUGGAGGAACCUGGAGAGGUUGUUUUCGAAACGAAGGAGGAAUCCAACGAGCCAAACAAGUCCGCUCCGUCUAACGGCGCAGGAAAUCAUUUCCUUGUACCUGCGAAUAUGGCUUCCCCACCGCCUCUAGCCCCUCCACUAAUUAACCCCAACAAAUCGAGUGCGGCCCCAGUGAGGCAUGGACGUAAACCGCGGCACGCUCAUCAUGGUGGAACUUUAACUUUUGAUGACUAUUUCCGGGAAGGUGAGCAGAAGAGUAAGGAGGAGGACUUCGUGCCGUCUAGAUAUGCUUCACCAAUCCCACCUCCGCCAAAAACUGGCGAGGACCAUGCCUCUCCUCCCCCGACGACCGCUACGGGCGGUAGUGAUACAACGGAAUGAAAUUAAUAUAUAGGUAGGUGGCAUGGGCAGGCGCACGGAGUUACUUCAGUAAUAUGUUUUCAAACAAUUGGCGGGCUAGUAUACUCUGAAAUCCUAGGAUACUGUAUUUAUUUUUCACUUUCCCAUAUAUAACCAAACAAUCGAUAACGAGAAUGUGGCUUUCGUGAUCAACAAAUACGGAAACGGUAUAGAAAAGUGUUGAAAUUCACGUCUAAAUGAUGACUCUACAUAUACAAAGGCUGUAGAUACAGCGAUACAAAGUAACGAAGCUGAGGACGUUCUCUUAAAAGGAUAAUCGUGCAGCAUUUACAUCUUAAUUUCCCUUUCUCACCCAUUCCUCCAACUUUUCUCUCCCCUGUCCAAUUUUGCUCUCUAGCAACCCACGAGCAUGCGCGCUAUGUGCUUUAGCGGUAUACCAUGAUUCCUCCGCGGCA